CAGUAUUUCUACUUCCAACAAGCACUGUCCAGCAAGAAUCCCUUGUCCACCUCAAACUCAUUCGGCCGAGGAAAUACAUCUUCUGCAGAGGCAUCAAGCUGCUAUCGACAUUUCUAUUCGCAUCUUUCGCAACUUGAACGCACUAUAUCGCCAUGGCGACUCGAACUCUGGAGGCGCGCUUCGAGCGUAUGUCAGUCGCCGAUGAGAAUCAUCUCGGGGACGGACCUAAGGCGUACUCAAAGAUCACACAGGUUGCUGGCUCGUCCAAGACCGCCCAACUGGCGCCAAGUUCUACUAGACCAAAUCUCGUCAAAGUCGCGUUGCAAUCGCAAAGCACAAACGCCAACAGCAUAGCAUCGGUUACACUACCAUCCCAAGCAGUGCAACGAAAGCAAGCAUCGCCCACCCGGAAACCUCUCCCUUCCUCCCGUCCUUCAGACGACGAUUCCUCAGAGGCAGAUGCCCGCAAGGCUGUGACUGCUGCCGCUACCACCGUCUCAAUCCUGACCGAACCCAUGGUAGCCAGGCAGUUCCAUCUGGGCAUGUUCGAGAUUGGCAGGCCACUUGGCAAGGGCAAGUUCGGCCGAGUAUACCUGGCACGUGAACGGACGAGCGGCUUCAUCUGCGCCCUAAAAGUCCUGCACAAGCACGAGCUCCAGCAAGGCGGCGGCGUAGAGAAGCAGGUGCGCCGCGAGAUCGAGAUCCAGAGCAACCUGCGCCAUCCCAACAUCCUCCAGUUGUAUGGACACUUCCAUGACAGCAAACGGGUGUUCCUGAUUCUGGAAUUUGCGGGCAAGGGCGAGCUGUACAAGCACCUCCGGCGUGAGAGUCGUUUCCCCGAAUGGAAGGCGGCGCAGUACAUCGCGCAGAUGGCCUCCGCCCUUCGCUAUCUGCACCGCAAGCACGUCAUCCAUCGCGACAUCAAGCCGGAAAACAUCCUCGUGGGGAUCCACGGCGAGAUCAAGAUCUCUGACUUCGGAUGGAGUGUCCACGCCCCGAACAACCGCCGCAAGACCAUGUGCGGCACGCUCGACUACCUGCCCCCCGAGAUGGUCAAACCGGGAGGUUCCGAUAACUACUACAAUGAAAAGGUCGACCUCUGGAGUCUCGGUGUCCUGACCUAUGAGUUUCUCGUCGGCGAAGCUCCUUUUGAGGACACGCCUGUCAUGACGCAGAGGAGGAUCGCACGGGCGGAUAUGAGCGUUCCGUCGUUUGUCAGUCCAGAAGCUAAAGACCUGAUCAAGAAGCUUCUUGUUCUGGAUCCGGAAAAGAGAAUCCCCUUGGAGCAGAUCCAGACCCACCCCUGGAUACUAAAGCACUGCGUCAAGGGAGAGCGAGCCACGGAACGGCAGAAGUACUCCACGUAGAAAGGUGCUAAUGAACCUCAUGAGUGAUGAUGCAUCAUCCGAGCAAGUUGGAUUAGCCAGUACAAGGCUCCCUGGGUCCUUUGAUUUGGAGAUCAACCCUGUAGGAUUAAUGGCGUUGGCAGCGUUUGGCAGUUGUUUCUUCCAUUCUAUUUUCCUUUCCUUUUCCUUUAUCCUUUUUUUCACUUUUUUCUUUUCUUUCCCCCCUAGCGCUCCUCGUCCCAUCGUCCCAGCUGAGGGUUAGGAGACAGGAGACAGGAAGAAGGGGGGAGGUUUACGUGCAUAUUUCUGGAGUUGGGUUCAUUACAGCUAGUCUGCCUUCCAUGAGCAUUCAAAAAUAUUGAGAUGAUAUAUGC